AUGCCGCAACUACAUAAGUUAUUAAAUAAAGAUGCAGAACCAUACGACUGGGAAACCCCAUGGGCAGGUACAGAGUACGAGGAUGUGAUAGAGGAGCUAUUAACCAAGACGAAGAGAAACGAGGAGGUUAUAGCGGAACUAGAAACUUCCAUCAAGAAACUACAGAAGGACCUCAGGAAUUUCACCAAUGACACAAACGCAAUCGCAUAGGAUUUUCGAAAAGAUUUCAAGACUAUAGGGGACCAGCAUCAAAAACAUGUUUGGUAAAAGAACAAGAUCACAAUGGGUACCCAAAACGGAGCCCCUUUUGAUAGUCAUCCUGGAACGGUUUCAAUGAACUAAUUAGGUAUUACCAGGUAUAUUCAAAUAACAUAAAAAAUUCUUCAAACCUAUAGGGCGCGUUCACCAGAAAAAAUUAUUUUCUAAACUAAAGGUAUAGAGAAUAUGGAAAAACUUUUUGUGAAUGAGAAAUUAUCCGCGAGUGUUAGAAUAAUGAAGUUAGAUGAUGAGUACUUCUUCACAGCAAAGGACGUUGCAGAAUCACUGGGAUACAUCGACACAGACCAAGCAAUUAGGAAAAGCGUUUGGAAGAAGUAUAAGUUCAAAGUGGAAGACCCCGUUUAUAGACGGGGUUCCCAGAAGCUACAUCCAGACACACUUUUCAUCUUUGAGCAAGGUGUAUACCAGUUAAUAUUCAGAUCUAGGAUAAAGUCAGCAGUGGCCUUCCAAGAGUGGAUUUCGAAGAAGUACUACCUUCGAUACGUUAGACUGGUAAAUUCACCGUCCCAACAGACAGACCCCUCAUCGGCAACCAGAUCAGGCUUCUCAAUGAGACUGAACUCCACUACAAAGUUGUUGAGUACCUGAGGAAGUACUACCCAGAUGCCAUUGUGAUUGCAGGUCUCGGUGAAAACCAGGAUACAUCAUAUAAGAGAAUAAACAGUGCAAGAAAAGGUUACCUUAAGGAUCAACCGGACAUACUCAUUGUUAGUCCUUGUGGUACACACAGUGGGUUUGCUAUUGAGCUUAAACACCGAAGGGAUGGGGAGUGUUAA